GCCGGGGCGGGGCCGGCGGGGUUUCCGCUGCUCGGAGCAGACUGAGCGCCGCUGCCCGGAGCGUCCCGCGUCCGCAUCCCUGCCCUGCCCAGCGCGCCGCCGUCCCGCGCUCCGCCGCUCUCCGGGAGGUUCCGGGCGCUUGGAUCCUCCUGCCUGGUCGUGCAUCACCUUCUCCCGACCCGAGCAUUCGCGAUGGCACAGGUUCUCAAAGGCACCGUGACUGACUUCCCUGGAUUUGAUGAGCGGGCUGAUGCGGAAGUUCUUCGGAAGGCCAUGAAAGGCCUGGGCACGGAUGAGGAGAGCAUCCUGACGCUGCUGACAUCCCGAAGUAAUGCUCAGCGCCAGGAAAUCGCUGUGGCUUUUAAAACUCUGUUUGGCAGGGACCUUCUGGAUGACCUGAAAUCAGAACUGACUGGAAAAUUUGAAAAAUUAAUUGUGGCUCUGAUGAAACCCUCUCGGCUUUAUGAUGCCUAUGAACUGAAGCAUGCUCUUAAGGGAGCUGGGACUAAUGAAAAAGUACUGACAGAAAUUAUUGCUUCAAGGACACCUGCAGAACUGAGAGCCAUAAAACAAGUUUAUGAAGAAGAAUAUGGCUCAAACUUGGAAGACGACGUGGUGGCGGAUACUUCAGGCUUCUACCAGAGGAUGCUGGUGGUUCUCCUUCAGGCUAACAGAGACCCUGAUGCGGGAAUUGAUGAAGCGCAGGUUGAACAAGAUGCCCAGACUUUGUUUCAAGCUGGAGAGCUUAAAUGGGGGACAGAUGAAGAAAAGUUUAUCACCAUCUUUGGAACACGAAGUGUGUCUCAUUUGAGAAGGGUGUUUGACAAAUACAUGACUAUAUCAGGAUUUCAAAUUGAGGAAACCAUUGACCGAGAGACUUCUGGUAAUUUGGAGCAGCUUCUCCUUGCUGUUGUGAAAUCUAUUCGAAGUAUACCUGCCUACCUUGCAGAAACCCUCUACUAUGCUAUGAAGGGAGCUGGGACAGAUGAUCAUACCCUCAUCAGAGUCGUGGUUUCCAGGAGUGAGAUUGACCUGUUUAACAUUAGGAAGGAGUUUAGGAAGAAUUUUGCCACCUCUCUUUAUUCCAUGAUUAAGAGUGACACAUCUGGGGACUAUAAGAAAGCCCUCCUGCUUCUCUGUGGAGGAGAAGAUGACUGAUGUACCGCCCGGAGAGACCCCUGCGCUGUGCCUGCCCGCUGCCACUGCCUGCCUUCAGCGCAUCUCGCUACACUUUUUGUAUGCCAAUGCUUGACACAUUGCCUUAUUCAUACUAGCAUGCUAAUGACCAAAACAGAUGCAUUGUGGGUGCUUCUUUCUGAUCUUCAAUUAAGGUCUUUCUCUUCGACUCUUGUAGUACGGAAAUGUACUUACGUUACUAAGACUAAAGUCUGGUCAUUUAUAUUUUCUUUUAAGAGGUCAGACUGCUUUUAGCCUUUUUAAAAACUUCAUUUAUAUUAAAUCGAUAACUGUAUUACCUUAUUAGGAACCUUAGCCUUGAAAUUGUGAACUCCUGGAAGUGUUAUUAAUCAAGUUUGCUACUAUAUUAAACCUAAAAAAUUAUGGUGGUGGCAUUCGAAAGAUUAAUGAAAAAUAAACAUUUCCUUCCCCCUAAA